CCCUUUUUCUUUCAAGGUCCUUAAAACCCUCUCGAAGCGCGUGGGAGCGAGAGAGAGAUACGGAGAGAGCGAGCUGGUGAGUCGAUGGCCGGAGCGACGAUUACCUCGAUGUCGGCGGCGGCGGCCGAGGCUGCCGGAGUCAACAUUGCCGCAGGCUCCACGUUGACUCCCUCAGUAGUCAACACAUUCCGCAUCGCCGCCGUCGCCGACCGCCUUGCUUUGCACGUUUGGGCUUCGCACAAAAUCGACGCGGUUGAAUUCUUCAACCUAUGCCUCUCCCUCGCCAGGUUUCGAUUAUCGACUCCAAUUUGAUUUUUAAAAUUUUUUUUGAUAAUUUUGGAAUAGUGUCUUAUAUGUUGAUUCUUUGAGCAUAAUUGCUGACGGAUUAACAGGUAAUCUCGGCAUAAUUUUGCUUUUUAGAUUUAGUGGAAUUGUUUAAUCGGGGGAAACGUCUUGUCAAGUUGUGUUGAUAACUGAGCUCGGAUAGGGUUAGAGAUUGCAUCUAUUAUUAUCAUUAGCUUGUCUGUUUCGCUUUACCACCUGCACGCUUUAGAGAGAGAGAGAGAGAGAGAGAGAGAGAGAGACCAUGCGAAGCGCAGAAAAGGCUGAAAACUGGGGUGUGGUUGGGGCAAUGGACAUUAGAGAUAUUCCGAGGCCGUUGGGUUCAGUCUAUCAAUUAGCUAUAAGUGUCCUCACUGCUCCAAAUGCCUACGAGUUUUCUAGGCGAUGCUUUUGCCUUGACAGAGGUAUUGACUAUGCUGUUGCAAACAGUGAGAUUCCUGGUAGAGUUAAAGAUCUGCCUAGACUGUUGAAGCAGGUAUGCCAACAAAAUACUGAUGCCUUGCUACAAGCGGCUAUUAUGGUGCUGAUGAUCUCCGUGAAGAAUGCUUGUAAAAGUGGAUGGUUUCCAUCUGAGGAUUCGGCAGAACUUCUUACUCUGGCAGAUGAGAUAGGGAGCAACUUUUGCACUGUCAGAGAUAUGAACACUGAAGCGAGCAAUUCUCUCGACAUUAUCUCAACAGUUAUGGCGAGAUUCUAUCCGAGAAUGAAAAUGGGCCAGAUACUUGCUUUCCUUGAAGUCAAGCCUGGCUAUGGGACAUAUGUAAUUGAUUUUCACAUUUCAAAGACUUCAAAACCUUCUGCAGAAGAGAGAAUACGGUUAUUUGUGGCUCAAACAGACAAUGUAGACACAUCUUCGUGUAUCAUAACACCCCUGCAAGUGAACUUUUUGUUGAAUGGAAAGGGAGUGGACAAUAGGACUAACGUGAAUAUGGUUACUGCACCACAGGUUCCAACAGUUGUGACACAGAUGCUUAAAUUUGGAACAAAUCUUCUUCAAGCUGUGGGCCAAUUUAAUGGUAGUUAUAUCAUAGUGGUUGCCUAUAUGAGCGUCAUUUCCAACCCGGAGCAUCCUGCCUUGCAAGAUUAUGUUCACCCGGCUGUUGCUGCGUCAGAUACAGACACCGAGAUUAUCGAAGGGCCGUCGCGAAUUUCACUAAAUUGCCCUAUAAGCUUCAGGCGUAUUAAGACUCCUGUGAAAGGACAUUCGUGCAAACACCUUCAGUGCUUUGAUUUUGACAACUUUGUGGACAUAAAUUCAAGAAAUCCAUCAUGGCGCUGCCCGCGAUGUAACCAGAGUGUCUGCUUUGUUGAUAUUCGUGUUGAUGGAAAUAUGGUCAAGAUCUUGAAAGAGGUUGGGGAGAACGUUGUUGAUGUCAUCAUCUCAGCAGAUGGGUCUUCGAAUCCUGUUCUGGAGACCAAUGACAAUACUGACCAGCCGCAUGAUAAGUCACGCAACUGCCAGCAAGAUGAGCCCUUUCAGCAAGAAGCUGACCUUCCUUCGGAUGUCAUGGACCUUACUGUGGGAGAUGAUGUGAUGGAUCUAGAGCAUAUGUACGAAACUGCAGACACCAAACCCAAUACAGCUAUUCUCCAAAGUCAAUCUACUGUUGGAGAUGUGAUGAACCCCUUGGGCAUGAACAAUACAAGUGAACUCAACCAAAAUGCUGUUGCUCCCAUAGAUGAUGACUCCUGGUCUAGAAUUUUCUUGUCAACAUAUGCAUCAGGAGCACUGAGUGCUGGUGGUAUAUCUGGUUCUGCUCCUGCUUCUAAUUUUAUGCAGUCUCCUGUGUUAACUGAUGCUGUUUCUCCUGCACUUAAUCGAGAACCCGAGACUUUUCGUGAGUCUGCUCUUGUUCCAAUCUCUACACCUCCAAGUCAAUUUUCUGCUCCCAGCCAUUUGCCAUUACAACAUUCGCAACUUGGGACAUAUAUGGCUACCAAUGAAUAUGGGAGGAUCCCAUCAAUCACCAGACAACAUCAUGUAAACAGAUCACCAGUUGCUGUCCAGGCGCUUCCAGCUCACCACCAGAGUUCUCUCCCGCAGCCAAGAUCAGUUUCCAAUUCAUUGAUUCCCCAAGGACCGGCCUUAGCUUAUCAAACUCCUGCUAUUACAUCUGUUGCGGAUGGUUUCAAUACAGUCUCCAGUCCUAUUGAAAGGCAGCAGUUCUCUAGAGUAAAUUUGAGUCCACUUCAAAGGCCUCAAAUGACCUCACCUUCAUUGCCGGUGCACCCAGCACCACAUAAUUGGAAUCGUCAAAAUCCUUCUUUCAAUUCAAGUCAAGCUGCACCGCAUAUUGGUGCCUUUAGGUCUUCCUCUGGGCCAAUGAGUGAACAUCAGAACUUACGCCAGCAGCAACCUUUGAACCUUAGGGUUCCUCAUGGCAUGGGUCAGUCUCCAAGCCCAAUUCGGCCCUCUUCUCAGUCGUCUCUUAAUUUACCACGGAAUCAUAUCCCACAGGGGGGAGGUGCACAAAGUAGCCAAAGAAUGAUGGGUUCUGCACAGCAAUCUGGCCAGGUCACAAGACAUCCACCAUCUGUUCCAGUUCCUCUCCAACCAACCAGAGCAUCACCACCAUCGUUUCCAAUGAAUCCAGUGAAUCCUAGUAGGUUUAGCGCAUCAGUCAGAGAUCAGAGAGUUAAUCCUGGAGGAAUGCUUCAAUCAGCCCCCAGGACUGAUAGUUUGGCAGAUUUGCCAGCGGAUCAGAACUGGCGGCCAGCAGGCCGGAUGCGUGGAAGUCUGUCGGGCCGGGCAUAUUCUGAGGCUCUUAGCCAGAUUAUUCAACCCACCCCACCAGUUCAAGCUGCACCUCGGCCAGCAUUGAAUAUUACGUCGCCUCCACCUGGCAUUCCGGCCCCACUUCACGUGCUCGUGGCGAAUAACCGGAAUGCUGGUGCCCUUGCGUCUCAACCAGUUAAUCGUUCACCAACAGAAUCAACCAGUUUUGCUGCCAGCACAGGUGUUUUACCUGAGGUGUCUUCGGGAAUGCAGGGGCAGUGAUGGUCAGUCUCUGUAUAGUGUGACCAAUUUUUGUACUCCACCCGAUCAAAAAAAAAAUAUUGUGCUCCACGGUCACGUGUAAAGUUUGAAAUUAAGUUCCUGUAGAUUUCUGCUCAUUGAGGUUUAGCAGUGAUUAUAGUAUAUCAUCCACUCUGUUAACUUGUCAUAUUUGGUGGAGUAAAUCUUUUCCGUGUCUGGAUCCGGAUCCAUGCUUUUGGAUUCAAGUUGCUGAUAUUUAAUAGCAUGGAUGUGCUGCUACUUUUACUAGGUUAUUGUGAUAUAGAUAUGGUUUUGACAA